GCGAACCGAAAUCACACAAUCUCGACGCAAACCACUACGUAUUUCUUUCAAUAAUAAUUUGUCUUUUAAGGUUGAAGAAACUCAGACCCUGUUUUCUUUCUCCCUCUCUCUAAUCCCCAAUCUGGUUCUUGUGCGCUCGCAAUAAAUAAGAACCAUUUUAAAGAACAUCAAAAUGAAAGACCAAACAAUGAGUUACGAUUCCCACUGUCUCUAAUUGGGUGAGUUUGUCUCUUUAUCUCUCUUUUCUUCUUUCUUCUUCUCUAUUGCAUUUAUUGACGUCCAUGCCACCUCUCUCACAUUGUAAUGCACUCACUCGAAGGGUUUCUGGGAAUUUCUUGUCGUUUUCUCUGGAAAAUUAUGUCCUCCGCAUCUUCUUUAGGUUUUCCCGGAAAAGCUCUCACCAAUCUUGAACGCUUUCUGGUAUGCGUCACUCCAGAUGUUCCUUCACUCACUCUUCAGGGCUGUUGUAGUGAUCCAAAUGGCCAAUGGGUACCUCCUGGAAAAGACACAGUUGAAUACUUCAAUCUGAAAGAUCUUUGGGACUGCUACUAUGACUGGAGUGCAUAUGGUGUUGGAACUCCUAUGAUGUUUGAAAAUGGUGACACUAUGCAAUACCAUGUUCCAUAUUUGUCUGCCAUCCAAAUCUAUAGUAGCAAAGCGGUUGCAGCAGCUUCUAGGCUUGGGAAAGAGGAUAGUGAAGGAGCUGAAUCUGAUUCCUGGAGUGAGGACAGUGGAAGUGAUAAGCUAUCUAGAACACUGAGUAACAAUUCUAGCAAAGCAUGGGAUGUUGCUUCUUUAGAUUCAAACUCUGACCAAGUGGGUUCUUGGACAGCAAAGGAUAAUGAACUUUACUUACAGUACAAUGAGACCUCUCCAUAUUGGCAGAGAGUUCCGUUUUCUGAGAAGAUAGCUGAGUUAGCUAGAAGCCACCCAGCGUUGAUGACAUUGAAGAGUGCAGAUAUUUACCCAACCAGUUGGAUGGCUGUUGCUUGGUACCCGCUUUAUUCCGUACCAUGUCAGAAAAGUAAAAAGGACCUGUCAAGCUUCCUCACUUUCCAUACAUUGUCGUCUUUCCAAGGCAUCAUACGUAAUUUAGCAAGAACAUAUGAUGAAAUUGACACAGGGAGCAGUGCAUGUUUUUCAAAUGGGUGGCGAAGAAUUAUAAGAGAAAAAUGUAAGAAACAAGAGGGUGGUUGUAUAUCUCUCUUUCCAUUUGGACUAGCCACUUACAAAAUGCAGAAAAAUGUUUGGUCAAACACCUCCAAUAAAGUGGUGUCUGAUCUAUACAAUGCUGCAGACUCGCGGUUGAAACUUCUCAACGCUGAUCACCAUGACUUCAACUUCUUCACAUGCCAGCCCACUUGUGCCUAGUACAUUGUUUCAUGUGUGUUCAAUGUAAUCCAAACAUCCUAACUCAUGUCCUUUACUUAGUAUUAUGGUACUCUGACUUCGGCAUAUGUUAAGGAUUUUUUGGUAACCAGAACAUUGAUAAAAAUGUACAUUUUUGUUUAGUGGGUCUUCUUGUUAAGUGAUGUUUCUUCUUUAUCCAAUUCUUUUGGUUUGGUUACUUUCAUAUAUGACUGUCAAAUUUUAGGCAAACUAAUUGUUAUCUCUUUUCUAGUA